CCAGUCAAUUAUAACGACUAUAAAUAAGCGAAAAACGGGCAUUUCCGAUCCUAAUGAUCCGGCCAAAGAAACCGAUACUAGAAGUGAAAAAUCCCAAAAAUACGUCAUCAAAAUAGAAUUUCCGAUGUCGUUUCGCUUGACAUAA